UUCAAGUCGAUAAUCCGACUUUUAUUUACUUAUGAAUGAUAUUUACAGUUUUAUCAUGAACGUAACACAAUAGUCGUAGCUAGCUUCAUCGUUAUAAAUAUUCUGCUUGUUAGUCUACAGAGUGAAGUUAGAUGGGUACUCCGUAGCUACACGUUAUCGGGAAGGGAACAGUAACUGGUUAAUUACAGUAACUAAGUAGCAAACGCCCUAAUAUUACUAAGCGGUAAAGUUAGGUAAAUUCAACGUGUAGAAAAGCAAUAUUCUAUUGUAUCUACAAAAUUCAAUUUCUGACUUAUCUGACAGAAUAUUUGUUUAGAGAGAUACCAGCCCAGAUAAAUAUUUUUGGGAAGAGCUCUGACUGAGCUUGGCUUUUUGAUGCAUUCAAUAAUGCUUUUCUCUUUUUGCGCCCAAUAGAAUGUACUUCAGUAGAAAUGGCUAUACCUAUAGCCAUCCUGGAUUGUGACCUGCUGCUCCAUGGCCGUGGACACAAAACCCUUGAUAGGUUUGACAUAGAAACUGUAUCAGAUGAGUUCCUGUUAACAACCUUCAGCUUCCCAAGGGAGUUCAUCUACUACCUGGCAGAGCUGCUGCGUGACACUUUAUCUAGGCGCACGCAGCGUUCUCGAGCAAUCAGCCCAGAAGUUCAGAUUCUUGCUGCUUUAGGAUUCUACACCUCAGGAUCUUUCCAGACAAGGAUGGGAGAUGCCAUUGGCAUCAGCCAGGCUUCCAUGAGUCGCUGUGUGACCAAUGUAACGAAGGCACUGGUCGAGAAAGCACCAGAGUGCAUAGGAUUCACCAGAGACAAAGCCACUAAACAGCAGUCCAAAGAGGAGUUUUUCAGGGUAGCGGGCAUUCCUAAUGUUAUAGGUGUUGUAGACUGUGCUCAUAUAGCCAUUAAGGCACCCAAUGCAGAGGAUUCUUCUUAUGUCAAUAAGAAAGGGUUCCACUCCAUAAACUGCCAACUUGUUUGUGAUGCCAGGGGACUUCUGCUCAGUGCAGAGACAAACUGGCCUGGUAGUUUACAGGAUAACUUUAUAUUUAAACAGUCCUCUGUGUUCAAGGAAUUCCAAGAUAAGGAAAAGCAUGAAGGCUGGUUAUUAGGUGACUGUCGCUAUCCUUUGAAACAAUGGCUGAUGACACCUGUCCAGUACCCAGAAACCCCUGCAGAUGUCCGAUACAACCUUGCUCACGCUGCCACACAUGAGAUUGUGGAUCGCACAUUCAGGGCCAUUCAAACACGUUUCCGUUGCCUGGAUGGUUCUAAAGGCUACCUUCAAUACUCACCCGAGAAGUGCUCCAACAUUAUUCUGGCCUGCUGUGUCUUACACAAUGUGUCAUUGCAGUCAGGUUUGGAUGCUUGGACUUUUGAGAGGACAGAUAUACCAGACCAGACCGAGGAGGACGUUGAGAAUCCAGAGGAUGUGAACUCUGAGGCAGUCCAAAUCCGCCAGGAGCUCAUUCUCAAGCACUUCAGUUAGGUCUGCAUAUUCAAUACACUAAAUGUAUGGUGUAUAGAGGCACAGCCUGCAGGAAUCCUGGAUAGUUGAAAAAUGAUUGGGUGAUUUCAUUAUUCAUGAGCAGUUAUGUCAAUGUGGAUUUUGGGACCAAAAUAGACACUAGGAGGAGUAUAUGGGUGGUUCUACCUACUAAUGGCAUGUUGGGGGGGGUUAUGGUUCUAUGAUUCUACAUUAAGGUCAGCCUGAGCGUUCAAAAAUAAAAAUCAGUACUGUGUAAAGUUUGGCUGAUGUAGAGUAGGUAGCCAACUCUCAGGUCGUCAAUCAAUAAUUUAUUGGCUUUUAGGAAGCACUCAGAGCUUGGUUUUCCUCCGUUUUUCCACUGUAUUAUGAAGAAAUUAAAUGUAUCAAGAAAUUGAAAUGUUAAGGAA